AUGAAUUCUUCUUUUUCUCAGAAACUUUUUCGGACCUUUGGGCAAAAACGAUUUUACUACAGGCCUUGGAUAAGGAUAGAAAAUGUUCGACCGACGCCCUUGUGGAAACCACUUACAUUUGCAGUUGGAACAGGAUCAGCUACCUUUUAUGUAGCGCAAUACUUGGAUAAACAAAAAAAGCCUAGCGCCUGGAAUUCUCGAAGCCUUAUUGAUCGCAGGUCGAACCGAAGUGUCAUUUAUUCGAUUAUAGGUAUAAAUGUGGGUAUAUUCGCUUUAUGGAGAAUCCCUGCAUUUCACAGAGCCCUUGAAAAAUACGCUGUAAUGAAUCCCACUUUUGUAAACUUACCCUCUAUUAUUGUAUCCGCAUUCAGCCAUCAAUCUGGUUGGCAUUUACUUUUCAAUAUGAUGGCCUUUUAUUCUUUUGCUCCAGCGAUCCUUGAUGUAUUUGGAAAAAAUCAGUUUUUAGCGUUCUAUACUUCAUCCAUAUUGUUCUCUAACCUAGCUUCAUUGCUCCAUAACCGUCUGCGCUAUGGUGUCAAGGCCCAUCCAGGAUCCCUGGGUGCUAGUGGAGCCAUAUAUGCCAUUGCUGCUGCUACAGCGUAUUUUUUCCCAAACGCAUCCGUCUCCAUCAUUUUCCUACCCUUUAUUCCCAUCAAAAUUGGGGUAGCACUAUUGGGUCUAAUGGCUUUUGACACGUGGGGUCUUGUUUCUAAACGAUUUGCCCAGUACACCUUUUUCGAUCAUGCAGCUCAUUUGGGAGGAGGUGUUUUUGGCUGGCUGUACGCAAAGUAUGGUUACUCUGCUUACAAUCGCUCGGUCCACCCUCGCCCACCCCCUUCCUCUAAACCUUCCUUUUCUAAAGUUAUAUCCUUUUAA